UUUCCUCCUUUCUUCACUUUCAAGCUAACUUUUUUACUGCUAGCAUAAGCCAUGAUCGAUAGGCCAUGCUCGUGGGUUGGCGUUCAUGAAAAAGGAAACGAGAUGCGGAUACUGUACGUGUCUUCCAAUAUCAAGCAGAUACUCGAUUACGAGCCUAGCGAGAUGAUUGGCAAGCCGACAUUGUCAUUCAUUGCAAGCGACCUCGUUCCUGCAUAUGCUGGCGACUUUGGCGAGCGAACACUGGAAAACGUGUCUGUGGGGUAUACUCGGGUAAAGCACAGGGACGGGACGUCGCUUGCUAUCCGUAUAAUUUCCUUUGCAUGCAGCGACAUCCAGUUCAACGUCGGUAGCUUUGACCCGAACGGAUCGUUCGAGCUGCUGCUGGAGACAGCACGGGUUCAGCGAUUCCAAUACAUGGCCAAGGAUAACGGGCGCUCAGAGACCCUGGCACGGAUUCCAGCAGGCACUGGGAGACAGUGUAAAAUUGAGUUUGCAACGAACAGCAUGUCGCUGAUUGUGAAUGCUGAUGCCUGCGAUCUUCAUGGACUGGAGUUUCUGUUGCUAGUUGUGACAGCUGACAUUGCCAAGGCAGGCGAGUUCUUGCAGCAGGUAGCGUCGAAACCAGAUGUGACAUUCGUUGUGCUGAACAUGCGGUGCAAUCCGCUGGGGCCAGACACUGAGCAGAACGAAACUGUACCGGUUGAAAUCAUGGGGAUUGGAUCCGAGUGCGGUGGGAUUCUCUUGUGUCAGCCAGCGAACUGGCCCCGGACGCAAAGAGGUGCCGUGCAUAUCAUCAACGGCAAUGAGAAUGAUAGUGCAAACUACUUGUCGCUGGAAGAGCUCAUCUCGUCAGACAUCGACACAUCUGACUACGGAGAUGCAUGGAGAGCCUCCCAAAUUACCAAGGCCACGAAUCUCGUUCCCUAG